AUGACUUACAUGGCUCCGCACACCUUCUUUCCCUCUGCGCAUGUCAACAACGCAAAGGAGACGUCCUUUCUCUGCGAUACAGAGACAAGAUUCGCGCAAGCAUUCAAUGAGGUCUUCCUUGACGCUUUCAACCCCAGCACGCCUUGGUAUGAGCCCGAAAGGCCGGAUCUCUCUUUUGCUUCGACAUCGGCAUCAAGCAGUGAGCACGAGGAUGCCAUCUUGGAACCACUCCUCCCUCAGCCCAUCGCUCCAUUCGGUCUCCCCAUCACGCCUUGUGCACACCCUUCCCAGUUAGCCACCGUUCCCGAGCCGGUCAUAGCCACCUAUCCCGAUGUCAAGGCUGGAGGGUGGCUCGAGUUGCCUGUAGCCGAGGCUGGCGAACAGGGGCAAGACAACGUGGAAGAUCAAGGCCCUGUGCAGGACCCAUCCUACGAUACCAACACGGCGCCAAUGCCACCUCCCAGGUCGCAACGCAUGUCCACGGAAAAUAGCUCAGGUAGUCUCGAUUUCGACGUCGAGGCCUGCACGUACAACGAUUUAGCAGAGCUUCUAGUUCCAUCUCCAAGACAGGGGUCCUCGGGACCUGGUGCUACACCAGCAGCAACAGAUAUCAAUGAGCGAUCUAUGGCUCGACCCGAGAACUCUUUCUCCCCGCUUUCAGACGAUGCCGCCUAUGAUGCCGCGCUGGAGCUCACCAACGAUACGGAUGCCCAGCCUGGCAUCCUAACGAAAUUGAGUCUUGGGCAGUUGCGGCCCAUGACACGGAUCUACGCCGAUAACUCGGAGAGUAUGUCUGAGAGAGCUUCUCUAGGGAACGGCUUCUCAACCGACCCUGAGAUGCAAACGCCCGAAUCUAUCUACGAAGCGGACAAGAUGCUUGUCGCCUAUGCCGAAGAGGCAGGGAACGCCAGCGGACGCUCCCCAACCUCAGUUACAGCCAUCUCAGGGCGACACGCUCAGCGAGGCAGAGCGUUUUAUGGGGCUUUUGGGAAGCUCCGCAAGUCGGCUGAAGACAAGUGUGAAAAGCUCAUAAAUGAGUGGAAGGACCCUGUUACGGGCUGCUCUGAGCCGUCUACGUCGUGGAGUGCCGAAGCAGUGGCGGACUGGACACGCCGACUCGGCGAAUAUAGGGCCUUGAUAUACCAAAGGUACGCUCCACACAAGAAUCAGGCCCUCGAGAUGAAGGGGAGCAUCCAGCGGAAAUGCACUACUAGGAUAGUGAGCCAAGAUGCAAAAUUCACCAAGCCACGGGAAGCAGUGGACUCGGGCAUCGACAUGGAUAUUCCCAGCAAAGAGCGCUCGCUCAACCCCAUGGCAAAGGAAUUCCAGCCCCCACAAAAGCCUUUAAGCUCGCCGGUCGAACUCAAGUCGGGCAUGCCUACAAUUCAACAACUCGCGCCCCCAAAACUUGAUCCGCCCAUGGGCCCCGCGCAGUUUCUAGUUCAAAAGGCACGCAGCCCACAGUCUUACCUUGUCCUUCGGUCUCGCUUCCACUGCCCCUCCGGCGCCCGUUAG